CGUUUCACACAGCCACCACUUCAGAUCCAUUCCCAUUUCCCACGCCUCCCUCUCUCUCCUCUGUUUCUUCUCUCGGUCUCUCUCCAUUUUUUUUCUUUUUUCUUUAUUUCAGCUUCUCCCUUCAAUCCGCUCCCUCUUCUUGUAACCGCCACCCACCACAACGCCUGUAAGCUCUCUCUCUUCCUCACGUUGUCUCUCUCUAACUCUCGGUUAAACUCUCUCCCGUACCCUCAUCCGCUUCUCUGCACCGCCAUGUCGCAGUGACUGCCUCCGCCAGGGCUUCACGCCUCCCUGACCGUAGUACCGAGCCCCUGCAUCGAGCGCCAUCCCCCGCGUUCCGCUCCUUCGAUUCCAAUCUCAAGCCGCCGUCUUGCUGUGCCACCGCGUGGCUGCGGCCACCCUCCCCACACCGUCAGCCUGUGCUUCGUCGGCAGAUCGGGGCUUGUUGCCCCUCUUUGUGCUGUCGUAGUCCAGCUCCUCGCCUCCAGCCUUCACGGCCAGACCACUCGGCUUCACCUCAGACCACGGCAAACACCCAUGCCAUCACUUACAAAAGCCCCCACCCGCUGCUAACCUCCGUCGCACACAGCAUCCCCUGUUUUCGCAGCAAUCCAGCAGCAUCUUCGCAUCUGACGGUUAAUCUUGUUGGUCAAAAUCAUAGAGAGCAAUUAUUCUGGUCUGUUCAAAAUACUCAAGAGGAUCUGGGCGUUGGUACUCUGAACUAAACAUGCUUGUGUCAUGCUUAGGAUGGGAAGUAUAUUCCAGUUUACCGCAAGAGAUUAGAAGACCGUUUCAAAUACGUUGCAAUUGGAGCCCCAAUUUUCUUCUUCCAUUUUGAGUUUAAUACGAAGACAUUGGAGCUUUUCACGCGUUUAAUUGUAUAAGCCUCACCACUGCAUAAACAAUGCUUUCUGGACUCAAGUUCAUUCCCCGCGACAAGAUUGAAAGAGCACAAAAUGAUGACUCGGAUAAUUCUUUAAAAGAGAAGAAAAAAUCCACUAGCAGAAAGGCAAAAGAUGGGAUGAAAACGAAGAGUUCUAGGUACAGUAGUUCAGAUGAUGAGGACAUCCAGAGAAUUAAGAAACGGUCUAGCAAGAAGAAGUGGUACUCAUCAGAUGAGUAUUCCUCGGGUGAAAGUGCUGGCAAUUCUGAUGAAGAAGAAAAUAAUGGUCGGGAUAAGAGGAAGAGUAGGAGUAAGGGUAAGCGAGGUAAGGGUGAAAUUUUGGGGGAUGAUAGUGAUAGGUCAAAGAAGAAAUCAAGACAUAGGGAAGAUAGAAGGAGAAAGAGCAAGGAUAGAGGGGAUCGAGAGGAUAUCACUGCAGAAGACUUGUCUGAAAGUGAUGAAGGAACUACUCAUUCCAUGAAGGAGAUGGAAAUUGUGAGAAAAGAAAUGGGAUUAGAAUGGAUGCUUCGACCUGCUGAAAGGAGGGUCGAAAGGCCUGUGGUGACUGUUGACAACCACUCGGAAGAAACUCCCACUGAGGAGAUAAAUAAGGUGCAUCCCAAGGAAUUGAAUCCUUAUUUGAAGGAUAAUGGUAGUGGUUAUCCAGAAGAUAUUAACAGGAGCAAAACUAGUGGUGACCAACUUUUAUCUUCUGUUGUUGGAGAUGGAGGUGCAAGCUGGAGACUGAAAGCCUUGAAGCGUGCACAAGAACAAGCAGCCCGAGAAGGGCGAAGGCUUGAGGAAGUUGUCGAAGAAAGGUGGGAUUCUCUUGGUCAACUGGCUGUUUCUGUAGCAUCUCGUUCAGCUGCCCCAUCUCGAGCUCAUCUACGUGCCAUAAAUGAUAGAAAGAGAGGGGAACAGCGAACAGGUUCAGACAAUCAAAGUGAGACAGUUACCAAAAAGGGGCAUGACAGGCAUGACUUGAAGGAUGUACCUUUCCAGCAUCAUAAAAUGAGGGAGCCUAAAGUUCGAGAUUCUUUAUCGUGGGGAAGGCGGAAGAAUCAAAAUAUGUCUUCCAAGGAUGCUGGCCUUAUAUCUUCUGCAGUAUCUAGCUUAAAUAGAUUUGCCAAUGAUGGAAGCUUUAUACACAGUGCUCUUCGACAGCAGAAUAACGAUCCUGUUGGUUCUGUUGAGGGAAACAUGGAGAUGGAAUUUGCUUCAUCUCAAAUGAAGCAAUCUGGUGAAGGCAUUGGAGUGGCUAAUGAUGCAUUGAGUGCAAACCAGUUGGCAGCCAAGGCGAUUCAGCUUCGUAUGAAAGGAAAGCAUGAAGAAGCCGAUAAACUUUUGCAAGAAGCAGAGGAGAUAAAGGCAAAGCAGGGUGCUGGUGAUAAUUCAAUUAGACUGCAGAAUGAAGGAAACUCAAGCAGAUAUAUUAUGCAGGAUAGAUCUGUUCGACGAAAGAAGGAUGAGGAUGAUGCUGAUAUGCAUCUAGCUCGAAACAUAAUGCAUAACAAACAGUUUACUACGUAUGGUCAGGCAGAUGAUGAAUAUGAUUUUGACGAUGGCCCUAGCAGAAAGGCUCAGAAGAAGGGUGGAGGUAAUGAGCAAAAGGUCACCCAGAAGAAUAUGAGACUGUUAACUCAACAAGAGAGGUGCCUUUUUUGCUUUGAGAAUCCAAAGGCGCCGAAACAUCUUAUUGUGUCAAUUGCACAAUUCACAUACUUGAUGUUGCCACAUUGGCAGCCUAUAGUGCCUGGUCAUUGCUGCAUUGUACCACUGCAGCAUGAAUCGGCCACAAGAAUUGUGGAGGAUAAUGUGUGGGAAGAAAUUCGCAACUUCAAGAAAUGCCUUAUUAUGAUGUUUGCAAAGCAAGAGAAGGAUGUGGUGUUUCUUGAAACAGUGAUGAGCUUGGCACAACAACGUCGCCAUUGUUUGAUUGAGUGUAUACCUUUGCCCCGAGAAAUCGCCCAACAGGCUCCUUUAUAUUUUAAAAAGGCAAUUGAUGAAGCCGAGGAUGAAUGGAGCCAACAUAAUGCAAAGAAGCUCAUUGAUACAAGCCAAAAGGGGUUGCGUGGUUCAAUUCCCAAAAACUUUCCAUACUUCCAUGUUGAGUUUGGUCUAUAUAAGGGAUUUGUCCAUGUAAUAGAUGACGAGAAACAGUUUAAGAGCAGCCUCGGCCUUAAUGUCAUAAGAGGCAUGCUACAGUUGCCGGAGGAAGACAUGCAUCGUCGCCGAAGGUAUGAAUCCAUUGAAGUUCAAAGAGAAGCAGUUAAAAGCUUUGUCCGAGACUGGGAACCUUUUGAUUGGACAAAACAGCUUCGGCAGGCAUCGUGACACUGUCGAAGCCUGCAGUUAGAUCUCAUUGCUUGCAGCUGCAUCUUUCAUUCAGCAUAUUUAACGGAUGCAGGAAUCAGGAUGCUACUAGCACAAAAGACACCCUUUUCCACAGGAAUAUCCUAUAUUUUAACACAUUGAUCUGGAACUGUCUGUGCAGGACGUGCGCUGUGUUCGUGUGAGAGAGAGAGAGAGAGAGAGAGAGGUGCAAAUUUGUAGAUUUCUUCUAUUAUUAUGUGAGCACUAAGCCGGAACAAAACUUGCCUGUCUACUUAACAGAAAGUAUAUUUGCUUA